GUCCAUCAAACUUUCCAAGAGAACUCAUCAAGAUACGUCCCUCUUACAAACAAAAAUUGUAGCAUUACUCAUCAAGAGAAGUCUAGUUUUUAUUUCUAAUGCAACGAUGACCACUGUGACAAAGUUAAAUUUGUUAUUACUAGAGUACCAUCGCUGCCCACCGCCGUUGAGGAGCUGCUUCCUAGGGAAUAUAGAUGUCUGUAGUCCAUACAUCGUGAAGGAUUUUGGGCGAAUCGGGCUGAAACCAUGCAGGGCGUUUAGGUCACAGAAUGGAAGUGAAGAAGUUGGAUUUGAGAAGAAAAUUAAGUAUUGGUGGCAAUCGCGAAAAGGUAUUAAUAAUCUGGUUAGGCGUUUCAGGUUUGCUCUUCGGAGCGGCUCUAAACCCAGAUUAAGGUCAGAUAUUAAACUUAGGGAAGCUUUGGAGAAAUUGGAGGAGAACUUAUUCUUGUGGGCUCUGUACUUUGGGAGAUUUGUGGUAACGAUGAUGAGUACCGGAGCCAUAUUGUUUAUAGGAUUUCAAUUAUCAGGUGGGGAUGAGCAGAUGAUUGAAGUGAUAUGGUAUAGUUGGCUUGGAGGAAUCAUCAUUGGGACAAUGGUUGGGUGCAAUAUGGUAUUGGAGGAAGCCAGUCGAGCUGGUUCGCGAAAUGUUGUAAUAACCGGAAGUACACGGGGAUUAGGGAAAGCUCUGGCUCGGGAGUUCUUACUUUCUGGAGACCGUGUUGUUAUUACCUCUCGCAGCCCAGAAUCAGUAGAUAUGACUAUCAAAGAGCUCGAAGAUGACCUAAAUCAAAUCGUGAGAACUACAGCAGGCUUAUAUAAGAAAAAGUGGGCACAUGCAAAAGUGCUGGGAAUUGCAUGUGAUGUCUCUCAACCUGAAGAUGUUAGGAAACUGGGAAGGUUUGCAGUUGAUGAGCUUGGUACCAUUGACAUUUGGGUAAACAAUGCCGGGACAAACAAAGGGUUCAGGCCUUUACUGGAUUUCACUGACAGCGACAUUCAAGAAAUAGUGUCAACAAACCUUAUAGGAUCUAUUCUUUGCACUCGAGAAGCGAUGCGGAUCAUAGGAUCUCAGAGUAAAGUGGGUCACAUAUUCAAUAUGGACGGUGCUGGUUCUGGAGGGUCUAGCACUCCUCUGACUGCUGUGUAUGGGUCAACAAAAUGUGGUCUGAGGCAGCUUCAAUCAUCACUGUUCAAGGAGUGCAAGCAAUCAAACAUUGGAGUGCAUACUGCCUCCCCUGGGAUGGUUCUGACCGACUUGCUUUUGAGUGGAUCAAGUGUUAAAAACAAGCAGGUAUUCAACAUCGUAUGUGAGCUCCCGGAGACUGUUGCUCGAAAUCUGGUGCCGCGGAUGCGGACUGUAAAAGGAAAUGGGAAGGCUAUAAACUACUUGACCCCGCCAAAGAUAUUGAUUGCUUUGGUUAGUGCAUGGCUAAGGCGAGGUCGUUGGUUUGAUGACCAGGGAAGAGCAGUGUAUGCUGCGGAGGCAGAUAGAGUCCGAAACUGGGCGGAGAGCGGUGCGCGAUUGCCAUUCCGAGAUGCCAUGGAGAUGAUGUACUCUGAGGAUACUUGGAUUUCUCUCUUUUCUCUUUCUGUCCUCUGCGCUUUUAUCAUCCUCUCUACCACCACCACCAAGUAUCCUGGCACCUAGAUUAUUGCUAACUAGAUUGAUUAUGAUGUGAUACGAAGUUUAAAGCUUUUGUGCUGCCGCCACUGUGUUUUAGCAAUAUUUAGUCAUAAUGCAGGUUACAAAUCAUCACCUUUUGUAGUUUUGUACAAAUUCCAGAAACCUGAACACACACCAGAAACAUUCAAAUUCAUAAAAUAUCAUUCGUGCUUCCACUCCUUGAUGAUCC